GGAGGGGCUGAGGGGAGGGCAGAGCACGGCUGGUGACCAGAUGCAGGAGGCAGCGGGUGAGGUUGCCAGGGCCUGGCCUCACCCAGGGCACCCCAGUGGUGCCAGUGGGAGGGAGAUGAGCCAUGACGCUCCCGUGGCGGCUGUCACCCCUCGGAAGGCAGCAGGCUGGGACAGGCUCCUCAGGGAUCACCAGCCCGGGGAGCUGGCUCGGCCCAGGGGAGCAGCCCAGAUUCCAGGCCUGUGCGGGAGGCAGGACUGUGCUUACAGACUAAAUGUGCUUGAGCCGGGGUCCUCGAGGUCCCCGGGAGAGUUGGGGGCUGCAUGUGGAGUGUCUUGUGGUGCGUUUUGGGCAUGAUUCCCCUUUUUCCGUGAAUCCUCUGGGAAGUCACUGGUGUGUUCUGGCAAGCGUGGGGACCCGGCUGUGCUGGGAGCUGCCCGAGCAGCCAGGCCUGCUCAGAGCUCCGGGCAGACAGAUUAUUAUCUUGAUUUAACAUCUGACAGCUCCCAUCCUGCGCUGGGAGAGGCCGGCGGGCUGCGAGCAGAAUCGAUCAGGGGUCGGUCGCGGCAUCCGCUGUGGCAGCCCAGACCAUCCCACCCACUCCCCUUCCUCCUUCUGCAUCCCAAUCCACUCGUCCCUUCACGGCGAGGCUGUGCCGGUGGCUCUGACCCACACUCCGAGAGGAGCCUGUCAUGGCUCUGGGAGCACAUCCACCACAGCCCCAGGAAGGAGAGCAAGGACCCGGCAGAGCAAAGGGCUGCAGGAGGGGUGGGAAGAGGAGCGAGGAGCCGGCGGCUCCCACACGUCCUCUCCUCUCCUGGCUCUGCUCCGGCCUCCCUUGGACUCGGCACAAGCAAGCCCUGACCCGAGAAUGGCUGCAGUUUGUGCUCUCUGCUGAAAUGUAUUUGAAAUGCCACUCUCCAGGACCAUAUCCGAAGCAUUUUGCUGCUCAGCCUGGCCGGGGAGAGCCCUGAGCAGGCUCGUUCGUUCAGCGCCUGCGAUAUUGACUCUUCUCUUUACUGCAGGAUUAGAGAGCAUUUGUCAUCUCCAAAAUGAAUAACUUUUCCUCUCCUGGGAGGGGGGAGAAGGUUUGCCUCAGUACUGACAUUUCACACACCCAGCCCACAAACCUGCUUCGAAUCCCUGAUGAUGUUCUGGGAAUAAAAACCAGGGGCUUCAGUGUCUCUGCUCCACCAGCAGAGCAGGGCCCACCACCCCCUUGAGCCUCCCCCCGCCCUAAACCUACAGGCCAAGGGGGACAGGAGGCUGGGGAAGCUUCCACCUGUGCCAGGUACCGGCUCCAUGGUUGUGUUACUGACACAGAACCCGACACGAACUGCAAGGCUUAGCUGAGUCCCUCAGAGACAAACCACAGAGGCACUUUUAAAAAGAAAAGAAAACUAAAAAAAAAAAUCCCCCAAAUCAGAGCAAACCAUCCAGCAGCACCAGAAUAAGAAGGCAGAAGCUCAGACUUGCCAACUCAUUGUCUAGAGCGCGACCAGCUCUCCCUCCUACCCUGGAGAUCACAGUAUUUAACUCACAUCACCCUGUGUGCCUCUGUCUUUUAAGCUUCCAGAGGUGUUUUCAAGCCUUUCUCAGGAGGUUCAGGAACCAGCAACGCUUUCCCAUGGGAAUUUCAGCCUUUGUUAGCAGAACUGCAUUCUCAAGAAUGAAAGCAAAGAGAAACAAACUCCAGCUGUUGCAAGAUUUGGAAGAGCAGAGCCACGAGCAUUGCCAGCAGCAACCUUUCCGAGGGGCUGCACCACCAGAGCACAAACCAAGGCAUCGCUGUCUGGCUUUGGGAACCCCCUGGAUGGAGAGGAGCGGGAAAUCCAGCCCGGGUGGGACACAACCUGCCCUCCAUGGGAGCAGCUACCACGGACAAAGCACCUGCCCCUUCUCCUGGGACAGGUGAACCUCAAAGCUCAGCCUCCAGGUACAGCAGAACACACAGAGCCCGACAGGAGCAGCCAGACCCACCUGAGCUGUGGAGCUGAGCAGAGCCAGGGGAUGCAGGAUGGGAUCCCGGACAUGGUGGGUGCUGGAGAAGUGUCCCCUCUCUGCAAUCCUGCACCCGAGGACGGUGCGGGCCGGGAGCUCUGGGAAAGGACCUGCAGGCUUUGAAGAGCAGAGCGUUCUCCAGGCUGUAAUUACCCACUCGCUUCCCUCACCCCUGAUUAUGCAGAUGAGGGCAAUGGCAGAACCCACCAGGCUGUUCUCUCUGCACAGGCAAGACCAAGGCAGAGUCUGGAGAGGGAUUUGCUGUGGGUCAGGGCUGUUACAAGAUUAAUUCAUUCAUUAAUUGGAGAUCCAGCUCAGCAAACAAGGAUAUGAUGGUGGGAACACCUGGUUGCUACCAGCCCAUCACCAGCCAGUCUUUUCCCAAAGGACCACACUGCACCAUCUGGGAAUUUCAGCCCUUUGCAGGGAACCACAAUCACAUUCCAGCUCCUUUGGGAGGUACUUCCAGUGCUGCUUUAGGGACAGUUCUGGAUCCGAACCCUCGGAUGCCCUGCCUGGUGCUGGGGAGCACCUGUGGGGACAAGGCAGCCAGGACAGGCCCCAGCACCCCGAGGACACACUCAGGGCUGGUGUGACCCCCAGACUGUGCCACCACUCAGACACUCCAACCAGGGAAGAUGGGAGACGAUGUGGGGUCUGUGCUGCGCUGAAGGAGGCAGCGGGUGCCUCCUCCCGUGCCAGGAGCCUGUUGUGCCACCAGCCUUGCCAGGUACUGCAGGUGGCACAGCCAGGGCUGGGCUGUGUGUGUCCCUUCUUUGAUCUUCAGCUAUUUUCCUCCUUUUCUUUUUUUUUUUCUUUGCACUCAGCAACAGCUGGGAAGAGGCUUUUCACUCCUCUCUCCCUCUGCUCUGGCACAAUGACGGGAGCGGCUGCGUGAAGAGCAACAGUGCUGGAUUGCAGCGGGAUGACACGGGUGUGCUGAGAAAGGCAAAUGGAGUUUUGUGGGAGCAAAACAGCAGACUUUGGGCAAGGCUUUGUCUGAGCUGGGGCCAGGCAGGGGGUGCAGCUCUGGGGCCAGAUGAAGCCUCACGCAGCCUGGUGGGAGCUCCCGCUCUCAGCCGAAGGCGCCGCACCCAGCAGGAGCCGCUGCCAGCCCAGGGAGACGAGGCCCCUUUUCAUUCCCAGCUCCCUGCACGCCAGCAGCUGCUCAGCCUGGUGUGUGUGGGCAGCAGCGUGGCUCUGUCACAUGCCUGAGACAGCACAUCACAGUCAGUGGCAUCCCGGGCGGCUCCCGCUGUGAGCGUCGCGGAGCGCGGGAAGGGACGCUGGCACCUGCCCCUCUCCCUUGGUGGCUUUCCCCCUGUCUGGGCAGCAUCCUGAGCCACCAGACACGUGGGCUGGGAGCACAGCAGCCUUAUCUCACCUAAAUAAUGAGCUCCUCUCCAAAGCAUUCACUCGCUCUGGCCGAGAGCUGCUCAGCGUUGAGCGGAGGCCGCGCUGCCUGUGCCGGCCAUUCGGGGAUGUAACCGGGAUGUAACAGAUUGCCCAGGGAAGCUGUGGCUGCCCCAUCCCUGCAAGUGUCCCAGGCCAGGUUGGGCAGGGCUUGGAGCAACCUGGGCUAUGGAAGGUGUGGAAGGGGGUGGAACUGGAUGAGCUUCCCGGGGCCGUGCCGGCGGUGCCGGGAGCGGGUGGCACGUGGGGCGUUCACUGCCAGCCCGGUGGCCCCAGAGUUUGCAGAGCAAGCCCAGCCUGUCACAUGCAAAUAUCUGGAUAAGUUGCUGCCUGCAAACAGGAAGCACUGUAUGUAUGGAAAGCAGCAAAGCCCUUCCCAAACCGCCCUGGGAGUGCUCCGGGUGCCCCUGGGAGCAGAUGGAGGGUCUGCCUUGCACAGAGCUGGUUUGGGGCAGGCGCUGCUCUCACUCUGCUGGGGUCCAGCAGCACUUCCUGGCUGCUUCACCUCCACUCUGGGGGCUUGUGGUGCUUCUGGUCUGGCAGAAUGAAAAGGGGAUGUUGCCCCAUCCUCCACUUUCCAGGAGUGGAAUGCUGUGGCUCUGGCACCAGCUCUGCCCCUUCCUGUUCUCCCUGUACUUCCAGCAGUGCCUCAGGGAACAGGAGCAGGGGCUCCCCAACCAGGUGGCUUUGGGCACCAUCAGAAGGAUGCAGAGGUGUGUCUGGGCCUGGCCAGAUGCUAAAGGAGACAUUAGAGCAAAUUAAUUACUUAAACUAUUUAAUAUUUUUCUGAGCCGUGAUUUCUGUGCCAGGCUCAGAUUCCUCUGGGCCUACCGUGGCUUGGAGUGCUGUGCUGGCAGGAAUUGGUGACAUUACAGUGUCGGCAGCAGGUGCCUUCCCGAGGCCUCUGUCUGCCCAGUGAUCCUCACUCCCAGUUCUUGGACAGGAUCAGGUCCAGUGCACGUCCCAGUAAAAUCCAUGCUCUCUUCUCUCCCCAGGUCAGCACUGGACACACUCUGUGAGCCGUCCCAUCAUCACCCGUGACAUCCCGGCCCUGACCCGUACCGGUUGUGACCAAGCUGACUAAGCAGAGGAAGCUCUCGCCGCCCCACCACCACCACCACCAGGCCAGACAAUCCUUCCCUCGGCCGAAGAUCCCGUUGGACCUCUUCCCAUAAUGGAAGUGUGAGCGCCAAGAUCCUCCAUGACCUCCAGAAGCCACAACUCCUUGCCGAGAACUCUGAUGGCUCCGCGAAUGCUUUCCGAAGGUGCCCUGGGGGGCAUCGCCCAGAUCACCCCCUCGCUGUACCUGAGCCGGGGCAGCGUCGCCUCCAACCGGCACCUGCUGCUCUCCCGGGGCAUCACCUGCAUCAUCAACGCCACCAUCGAGAUCCCCAACUUCAACUGGCCCCAGUUUGAGUACGUCAAAGUGCCUUUGGCUGACAUGCCCAACGCCCCCAUCUCCCUGUACUUCGACAGCGUGGCCGACAAGAUCCACAGCGUGGCGCGGAAGCACGGGGCCGCGCUGGUGCACUGCGCCGCCGGCGUCAGCAGGUCGGCCACGCUCUGCAUCGCCUUCCUCAUGAAGUACCACAAGGUCUCCCUCUUCGAGGCCUACAACUGGGUCAAGUCCCGGCGCCCCGUCAUCCGGCCCAACGUGGGCUUCUGGAGGCAGCUGAUUGACUACGAGAGGAAGCUCUUCGGGAAGACGACGGUUAAAAUGGUACAGACGCCCUACGGCAUCAUCCCAGACGUUUACGAGAGAGAGAGGAGACCCCUCAUGCCUUACUGGGGAAUUUAAUGGGACUGCAGACAGGAAGCACAACGGAAGGGACGUGCUAUUCUGAGACAACCAGACUGGAGACAUUCCCUUCUUCUUCUUCUACAGCCAACUUUGAUUCUUUACCAUACAGCAGAACCUCAGUUCUCACCUCACUAACCUGCAAGGCCAACGAUUCCUUUCAAAGCAUUUCUCUCUAUGGGGAUUUCCCAUCUGCAUCUCUUUUCAUUUAGCAGAACCAGGUCUCCUUAUGAGUUUAUUCCUUCCAUAAAGCCUCCCUCCUUUUUUAGUCAGUUUGUUAGGGUCCUCCAAGGAAAGGCCUGAGAGGCAUUUGGCAGAGCUGCUGAGCCAAGUGCGCUUUGUGACACGGUAGUAGCCUGGGUAUUUCGUUAUAGCUUGUUUGCUUCCCUGCAAAACCCUGUAGUGGCUCGGGAGCAGCACUAGCACAGAGUGAAUGAGGCCCUGCUCCACGGCAGCGGGUUUUCCAAGCACCAGAAAGGCUGGAAUACAGGGCUGUGGUGCUGGUGCUGGUGUUAAACAUCCAUAGUGACUCUCAGUAUAUAGUGUUUGAGAUCUUUAGUCAGCUCUUAAUCGUAUUCAAAGCUAGAAAACAAAAAGAAAAAAAAAAAAAGUGGAUCAGUCCAUGUCAGCCACAAGGAAAAUAAAAUCUGAACGAUUCAAAUCAAAUAAAUGCAAGAUCCUUUUUAACUCAUUCCACGCCAGUCCUGGAAUACACUUCAACUACUGGAAAAUGCCGGUGUGUUUUGCAGGUGGAAAGUCGACAGAUCCUGUCCAGAUGUGGCUCAAGGCAGAAGCAAGAGCGCUGAACCCGCUGGACAACCAAAGAGACGUUCAGGAACCUGUGCACGGCCCCCUGCCCGAGGGGCUGGGCCGUGUGUGUGAACAUUCCAGCGACCACUCAGUUGGAAGUUGGUAAAUCCGCUUGAUUCUUCAGCUCCGAGCCCGGUCAUGAUCUGCCUUAGUCCAUUUCCGAAUCACUCCAUUCUGUCCUCAAGGUUAUGCUGCAUUCUGGGAUUAUUCCGCGCCAACGGAUCCGUCCACCCUCCCGGCCGGGGCACAGGCCCUGCCUUGUGCUGUGAGUGCCGGGAGCGAUUCCAACCCCAGCCUUUCCGUGGGAGAAGCCUUCCUGCGGCUCCCGCCCAUCGCUCCCCUCCCGCCAGGGAAGGGACUGGUUUCCUUGGAGCGUCACCGGAGCCCAGGAGAGCCCCGUUCCCGAGGAGACACCGGUGUCCUGCGCCUCGGGAGGAGGGGCAGGCAGAUUGCAGAUCGCUGAUUUAAAUGAGAUUCUAUACUUGUAAAGAGAAAUCAAUAAAGAUCAGAGCAGAACA